AUGAAUCGACUAGAUGUUUUGUCCAACAAGUAUAAUGAUGAUAGACAGGGUCUAGCGCUGCGAGGAAGCAGCAAUAAAACAACCGCCUCUUCAUCCACCUCCUCAUCCGCCCCCACAGCCGGCGUCAGUAAUAACACUACUUCCAGCACUAGUAAAAGUACAGGCAUUGCUCCUUCUAUUACCUCCGCUAUAACCAUUACUACCACCCCCAGCACCACCAACGCGACUUCUUCCUCAACUGCCUUCAGUUCUAAUACUGCUGCUGCUAGAUCCAGUUCUCGGCCAACAUCUUCAUCGUUGAAGCCUCCCACAUUCCCUUCCCCAUUCUCGGCACAACGCGCUGCACCUCCAAUAACUGCCAGCUCUAGUAGUACACCUCAAGCAGAAGCUCGAGCUCGCCAGAAAGUUGUUCUUCAACCAGGUCAUUCGCCCCUCGACUGGGCGAAUUUGAACAGGAACGCACCAAAACAUAAGCUACGAGGUGUACCGCCAAAUUUUCCUCCACCACAAGUAGUGAGGAUUGAUAAGACUGAAUUGAAAAAGCAUAAAACCAGAGAUGACUGCUGGACAUGCAUCAAUGGCAAAGUUUUUAAUAUCACGCCCUAUGUAAACUUCCAUCCUGGCGGGGUCGAAGAAAUUAUGAAGUGUGCGGGCCGCGAUGGAACAGUGUUGUUUAAUAAAUACCAUAGCUGGGUUAAUGCAGAUCGAAUGCUAGAGAAUUGCAUUGUUGGAAUAAUGGUGAAAUAG